AUGGAGGUCCAAAUCCCAUCCAGGAAGUUGAGAAAACCAUCGUCUCCAACACCAUCCCAUCUCCGCACUUGGAAGCUAUCCCCAAUUGAUCAACUUGUACCUCAAGUCAAAGCGGCUUUUGCAUUCUACUAUCCCGCUCAUGGCACCAACAGCAAAGUUGAAAAUGUUGAAAGAUGCCAACGUUUAGAGAAAUCGUUGUCUGAGACCUUGACUCAAUUCUACCCACUAGCGGGAACAUAUAUCAAAGAUAGUCAUUCGGUUGAGUGUAACGACCAAGGAGCCGAAUAUUUGGAGGCCAAAGUGGAUGCCCAACUCACUCAACUUCUAAGCAAAAGAGAUGAGAUUAUAGAGGAGGUGAUUCAUUUCGCAAGUGGAAAAUUCACAAGUCCGCUAAUGACAAUUCAAACCACCAUGUUUGAAUGCGGAGGGCUAGUGAUUGGAGUACGCAUUUCUCACACCCUUGUUGAUGGAUUCACGGCAUCUAAAUUUAUUAGUACAUGGGCAACUGCAAGCAGCGAAGGGAUAAAUGAAGCAAUUUUGCCAUGUUUCAAUUUUGCUUCUCUUUUGCCUGCAAAAGACUUACCAACGCUCAAGCCCUCGCCUCCCCCAAAGAUCCAUGGAGCAGAAAAGUUUGUGACCAUGAGGUUCGUGUUUGAUGGGGCCAACAUAUCGUCGCUCAAAGCCAAAGCCAAAGCUAAUUCUAAGACUAGUACUCCUGGUCCCAGCUUGAAGCAUCAAGUUUCACGAGUUGAGGUGGUGACAGCACUCAUAUGGAGAGCUCUCAUUGGGGUAAGUCAAGGAAAACAUGGACGCCUGAGGACUUCCCUUGCGGUCCAUUCUGCUAACUUGCGUGGGAAAAUUGUUCCAGCUUUACCAGACAAUUGUUGUGGGAACCUCUAUAAACUAGCGGUUGCCAGAUUUGUAGUGGACGAUAGCAAAAUGGAGUUGCCCAGUUUGGCAGAUCUGGUAGGCUUAGUAAGUGGCGCAAUAUGGACAGAAACACUAAGUCAGGAGGAUGUGUUCCCGACUGCGAUAAAAUCCUUUAAUGAGGUAAACGAAGAAUUGGGUAAAGAGGAGGUAGAUGUGCGAAUGUUCACUAGCUGGUGCAAGUUCCCUCUGAAUGAAGUUGAUUUUGGGUGGGGGAAGCCCUGCUGGGUGAGUAGAUGUGCUACUCCUUUAGAAAUGGUUAGCCUGCAGGACACAGAAUGCGGUGAUGGAGUUGAAGCGUGGGUGAGCCUCAAAGAACAUGACAUGCUUCAAUUCCAGAGUGAUGCAAACCUUACGACCUUUACUUCUUGUGGGCCAGCAUGA